AUGCAGCCUGCGGAUGUUGUGCAGGCUCUUUCCGAAUGGCCUCAUAGGCAUGUUCAAUCCCGACAGCUCGCCAGUCUACUCCAUCCCACUGUGCCGAGCCCGCCAACAUUGGUUGUUCAUGGUAUCUCUGCUACUUGCAAAUCAACAAUCCUUAAUGGCGUCCUUUCGACUCUAAGGCUACCGCACGCAGUGGUUCGCAGCACCGAAUGCAUUACUGGGCGACAUCUGUUGACCAAGGUCCUUUGGAACACACUCGAUGCCCUGGGCCAAAAGGACGAAUGGGAAAAAUUCGGCAAAGGCAGAUGUGAACAUAUCAGCUCGCUCGCUGUGCUUCUUGAGGAAUGUCUAGCUGCUAGACCUAUCGAAAAGCGAGGCAAGUUUGUGCUGGUUCUCGACGAGAUUGAUCGACAGCGAGAAGCGGCGCCUACUCUUCUCUCGGCACUAGCCCGUCUUGGAGAGAUUAUACCAACUCUUUGCGUCGUCCUCGUCCUCAGCUCUACUCCACGCCCGCUUUUCCUGCAGAGCGCAUCUGUUCCCCACGUCAGCUUCCCUCCCUAUACUCGGAAAGAAGCAAUUGACAUUUUACUGGCUUCUCCGCCGCCUGCCCUCGGUGGAUUGGAUAUGGAGGAAACUUUGGAAAUAUAUCCCCAUUUUGUCUCCACUGUGUACGACACUUUGGUUGGACCAACGGCUGGCUCCGUACCAGUCUUCAAAUCUAUAUGCGAACGUCUGUGGCCGAAAUUUGUUGCUCCAAUCAUCCAAGGCGAAACUCCCCCCGGGUGGCAGCGGGCAACAGGUGAAUCGGCGCUGGUGCAUCGAAUUGUGCCAGAAGAAUCCUCGAGUGCUGAUCAGAAAGUCCGCAAACCGCUGGCGCCGAGCGCAGCACCUUCUGCUCUCCCGUCGCUGCCAUAUUUCUCUACACUCAUCUUGACCUCUGCAUACUUAGCAUCUCACACCCCGCAGAGACUGGACACGAUCUUCUUUUCCAAAUUCUCCUCGUCCUCGCUCUCCGCCAGAAACAAGCGCGCUCAUCAUCGUCGGCGUCUCAAGGUCCUCUCUCAAGCGCAAGCCGAAGAAGCAGCGAACGGUGGCGGCUCUACCCCCAAGAAGGGCAAGAGAGUCAAGACUCGCAUCACCAAAUCGACACUUUCGUCCGCCUUUGCCACUUCCUCGGCAACUACGUCUGCUAUUGGAGGCGGUGCUGGAAUUACUGGUCCCUCUACCAUCCUCACAGCACGCCCGUUCCCACUAGAACGCCUCCUCGCAAUCUACCAUGCCGUUGACCCCAACCCGCCAGCGAACCCGAUCCGCACGACUGCUGUUGCAGAUCAAAUUUAUGCAGAACUUGCCACGUUACGCCGACUGCGGCUCGUGGUUCCCGCGUCUAGCUCGCAUGCAGGGUUUGCGAGUACAAGCAGCGGGAAUACGAGUGCUGAUGCUGGUGAGAAAUGGUGUGUAAACAUUUCAGGGGACUGGAUUGGUGAGCUGGCCAAAGGAAUCGGUGUCGAGGUUGGCGAAUGGCUGGCUGGUGGUUUGGACUGA